UGAUAUUAAACUUGUAUGUUUACUUUCAUGACAGAUACGGCGAAUACUUGUGAUGAUGAUGAUGCGAUCGAAUGUUCUUACCAAAAGUGGGACCGUUUGAUUUGUUUUGUCUGAGAUUGAAUUAAAUUACGAAUGAACUAUUGACACAACAGAACAUUCUACUAUAAAUUUUUAAUCAAACUUUUUAUAAAAUUACAUAAAUUUCUGUAAUGGCGGAGGUUUGCGAUGUGGCAGUGCCUAGUGUUGACUGUAAAAAUGACGAUAGAGAAUUUCUCUGUGGUGUUGUUGAAGGUUUUUAUGGAAGACCUUGGACUCCAGAACAGAGGCGAGAUUUAUUUGAGAAAAUGAAGAAGUUGGGUUUGAAUGCUUAUAUGUAUGCUCCAAAAGAUGAUUUCAAGCAUCGAGCAUACUGGAGGGAACUGUAUUCUGUAGAAGAAGCAGAACAUUUAACAUCGCUUAUCCAAGCUGCAGCAGAGAAUGAUGUUACAUUUUUCUAUGCAUUGUCACCUGGUUUAGAUAUAACAUAUUCAAACCCUAAAGAAAUUCUUGCUCUUAAGCGAAAAUUGGAGCAGGUUUGCCAGUUUGGUUGCAGUGCGUUUGCUCUUCUUUUUGAUGAUAUUGAACCAGAGAUAAGUGAGACAGAUAAAGAAGUUUACCAAUCUUUUGCCCAUGCACAGGUUGCUGUUGCCAAUGAAAUUUUCGAAUAUCUUUCCCAUCCAAAGUUCAUAUUUUGCCCAACUGAAUAUUGUGCUGCUAGAGCUAUUCCAAAUGUUCAGAAUUCAGAAUACUUGAAUACAAUUGGACAGAAGUUGCAUCUGAAUAUAGAUAUAAUGUGGACUGGUCCUAAAGUUAUUUCUAAGGAAAUAACUAUUGAAUCUAUUCAGGAGCUUUCAGAGGUAUUGCAUCGUCCACCAUUGAUUUGGGAUAAUCUACAUGCGAAUGAUUACGAUCAGAAACGAUUAUUUCUUGGCCCUUAUUGUGGAAGAUCAACUGAACUUAUACCUAGGCUAAGAGGAGUUCUGAGUAAUCCUAACUGUGAAUAUGAAACAAAUUUUGUUCCAAUUCAUACUUUGUCUCAGUGGAGCAAAUGUACUAUUGAUGGAAAAAGAGAAUUAAAUUUAAGUGAUUCAGUGAGUGCUGAUAUAAAACUUGAAACAGAGAAUGAGUUUGGUUCUACGGAAGAUUUAGUUUCUCCUGUUAGUCCGAAUACAUAUCAUCCAAAAAAUGCUCUGAAAAUUGCAAUUAAGGACUGGAUGCCUGAAUUUUAUAAAGCAAAAAAUGCAUUUGGGAGAACAAUAAGUGCUCCUUUAGUUCCUACUCCAAUUCCAGCCUGUCCUUUGCCAGUCAUUACUUCUUGUUUUUCUACUGCAAAUAUACCCACGCCUGCUGCUCCUGGUCGUGCUAGUCCUGUUUUAGAUUCAUCCUAUCAACCUUUAUCCAAUGAAUUAGUUAAUUCAUUAAUAACUAAUACUACUCCCAAAGAAUCAAAUAAUUUGGAACCCAUGGAUUGUAAUCCAUUGCCUCCUUCACCUAAGCUUUCACUUACAGUUGAAAAUGAAAUUAUUCUGGAAACAGAUUCUAAGCCUGAAGAUCAGCCAGAAAUAUCAUUGAAAGAGGAGAUAACUGAAGAAAUGCAAACUGAACCUAUUGAUGUAGUAGGUAAUAAUGAUUCAGAACCAAAACAGCUUACAGAAAGUGACAUUACCUUGUUAAUAGACUUAUUUUAUCUACCUUUUGAGCAUGGAAGAGAAGGUAUUAAAAUAUUGCAAGAAUUUCAUUGGCUGAAAUCCCAUGGGUAUAUUGUAUGCCAAAGUAAGAGAAAAGGAAGAGAACCUGAGAGUCCUGAAGUUCAAGAAUGGUUAAACCGAGUAGCUAAAUUUGAUAAUAUGACUCAAGCUGUUGGAAAAUUAUUGAUGCACUUAACAUUUUGUCCUAACAGGUCUCUACUUUAUGACCUUUAUCCUUACAUUUGGGAUAUAAAAGGUGUUGUUUCCAUGUUGAAUUCGUAUUUAAAAUGGAUUGCUCUUCGUCGUGUUCCUUUGCCUGUGUCCAGUUUGAUGUCUUCUCCAUUCACAUGGUUUUCUAAAGGUUACAAAGAAACAUUUAUGAGUGGUGAACAAGAACCGUGGUCAUUUUUGGGUGGUCUUACAGCUGAAUUACAACAUCUUCUUCCCUUGGAAAGUGUGAAUGAUUUGUUUCUGUAUAAAUCUCCUGAAAUACCAAAUAAUAAAAUUUACACUAUCCGUCCUUAUUUGCCAUCUGAUGAGGCUCAAGUAUAUGAUGUGUGUAGAAGAACAUGUGAUGAUGGAAUGGAUGGUAGUGAAGUUUUUCCAGAAUAUCCAGAUUUGAUUGGUGACAAAUUAGUUGGACAUUUCUUAUGUCUGAGUCCAGAAUACUGCUUUGUUGUUGAGGAUGAGAAUGGUAUUUGUGGUUAUGCUUUGGCUGCUUUAGAUGCCCGACAACUUAAAACUAAAUCUGAAAUGUGUUGGAUACCAGAACUUCUUACAAAAUAUCCUGCGCCGAAGAAAGCGAGUGGUGAGAUGUUAACUCCUGCCGAAGAAAUAAUAGCUGGUUUCUACAAUCGUCAGAAAGUAGGCCCUCCUGAGAUAGUUUAUGUGCAUCAUCCUUCAACGUUAAGAAUGAACAUUCUACCUACUGUGAGUGAUCCAAGUGUACCUAAGCGUAUGCUUACUUGCAUUUUAUCGACUUUGAAAGCUAAUGGAUCGCAUGGUGUUUUUGUGGAUGUGACUGUUGGUGAUAAAAAUAUUGUAGAUUUCUUUUCAAAACUUGGAUUUUUGGAAAUAGCUCAUCCUGGGUUCCAUGUUGAAGACGUUUUUUACAUGGGAAGAACAUUUUAACUUCUAACCUAAUUAAAUGUUUUCAACUAUUUGUGUUUCUUUGCCUGUUGAAGCCGUUUAAUGAUGUAAUUUGUUAAUUCAAGAAGUGACAAUCUCAGAACCUGCGUAUAUGUCAUGCUUUAGUGUUGGACAUUAAAUUGCUGUCAAACUGAUGGCAUUUCUGAAUGGAAUAUUUAAGUGCAACUUUUUUUAAGUUACCUAUUUACACUUACAGUUUAUUUACUUAUGUAUUUGUAUUUAAUGAGAUCUGUUAGUGUUAUUCCUUGUGUUGGUUUUAUAGGUCUCUUGGUAGACACUAAAUGCAAAUCUUUUUUUUAUAUUCCGUAACUAUCACCCUAAAUUAUUUUUCAAAUAAAUUCAGCUAGCUUUUGUUAUUUUAGAAUACUUUUAUAUUAUUAAAAUAAACGAGCUUCUUUCUCUUACUGGUUAAUUUCUUAUUUUAUAUAUUAAUCCUGCUGUUCUGUUCGGGUCUAUAUGACCCGAAAUAAAAUUUAUACGUUCAUAAAAUAAAUAUAGUACUGGGAUAUUUUUACGAAAUUUCGUGACAUCGUUGGUAAAUAAUAUAAAUAUGUACUUCUAGAGCAGGGAUAUGGCACGCGACACAAUAUUUUGAGCACGCCGCCGAUCAAAACGGUUUGCAAAACGGCUUGCAUGUGACUUCAUUUGAUAAACUGAAUUUGUCCCAAUUCGAUUGGUUGAAAAUCGAAGAAUUUGAAAUGCAACUGAUUGAUUUCCAGCCUAGUUCAAUGUGGAUUCAAAAAUUUAUUGAAACCAGGAAAAAGUUGGAAUUGAUUGAAACAGAAAGGUUAGCAAGUAAGUAGAAAUGCCAGUAACGAAAUUUCGGAAACAUGGAAUUCGAUUCAAACAUUUAACUGUUUGAAGAAGCUGGCUCAUUCUGUGUUAAACGUAUUUUCAUCUAUGACUGUGAGCCAUUUUCAGAGAGGAAUAACAUUAAAGACUCGCUUAAAAUCCGUUUGGCAGAUGACUCCAAUACAGCGUGCAUUCUGAACAUCUUACAAUCCUUAUAUAAAUUAUUUGUCAUCUAAUCUGCAACAACAGAAGUCACAUAAAUGCUACUUUAAUUUGAAUUACAUGUAUAACUAAAACUUUUAUUAUUAUACAGUGCAAAAUGUAUUUUUUCGUAGUAAAUAAAGAGUUUUGAGUUGUUUGUAUUUAGUUUUAUUAUCUUCCCAAAAAUAACAGGCCAAAAUUAUUUGACGGCACGUGUAUACCUCAUUAGACAUUUCUUCAGAAAAAUGGCACGUUGAUCCAUAAAGGUUCGCCACCCCUGCUGUAGAUGAAUAAUUAGUAGGAUUUCGUGAUCGAUGUCCUUUCAAACAGUAUAUACCAAGUAAGCCUCUAAAUAUGGGAUCAAAAUAAGAAAUUCAUGUGGUAGUAAAAACUUUGCAUGUAUUGAAAACACAAAUUUGCACUAAAGAACAAGGGUUAAAGCCAGAGAAAAAUCAGAGAAUGCGAGUAGUGUGUAAUCUUACUUAUGGGCAUUCGGCACACAAUAUUACAUGUGAUAAUCUUUUCACAUCUUGCAACUUAGGACAACUUCUUCUAAAACAGAAAAUGACUAUGCUUGGCACCAUUAGAAAAGAUAAAUCAGAACUUCCUGAAGAAAUGCUAAACAAAGAAGUUAACAGCUCAUUAUUUUAUUUUACGAAGACUCAAUAGUUGUAAACUACAUCCCAAAAAAGAACAGGAACGUUAUUCUUAUGAACAAUUUGCAUCAUGACAAAGAAGUUGGAAGUAGAACUGACAAAAAACAAUUAAUGAUAUUAGAUUAUAAUUCAACUAAAGGGGCUGUGAAUACUUUUUAUCAAAAUUUAAAUACAUACGCUUGUAAAAGAAAACCAAAUCUCUGGCCCAUGAUAGUAUUAUAUAACAUACUUGAUACUUCUGCCUACAAUGCAUUUGUUCUAUGGAUGUCAAUGCAUAGCCGAUGGAACGAAAACAAAGUGACUAAACGAAGGCUAUUUUUGGAAGAACUGGUAAAAUCGCUCAUUUUCCCACACAUUGAAGCAAGCCCACAUCUACUAAGAAGUGAGGACUCAAUAAGAAUAGUGAAACAAAUAUAGAGAAAAAGGGAAAACGUACCAUCGGGAUCAGCAAAGAAUGUUUUAUUGUGUGCCGAAGUCAAGGUGCAAUUUCUGUCCAUCAAGCAAUGACAACAAAACUAAUAUGUUAUGCCACAAAUGUAAGAGUCAUAUUUGAAAAUUUCAUGUUAGGUAUUACUGUUCAAAUUGUAAAUAAAGGCAAGUUUCAAUUUCGAAAAUUUCUCUGUUAUUUUUGUAGAUACUUUAUAUUAUGAGAUCUAUUUUUAAACUUACAUUACUAUUGCUUAAACCAUUUCUUAAAUGGGACCUGUCAUUUAUUGCAAGAAAGGUUAGUUUUCUGAAUCGGGUCAUAUUGACCCGAACACUACGUACGUGGAGUUAAUACGAACAGAACAGCAGGGUUAAAUGUGUUACCCAUUUUAAAGUUUUGGAAUAAAGCAUGCAUUCUAACCCAAGAUAAGGGCUUUGAUUUAUCAUUUUGUGUAUGUUUGUGUCAUAAGUUGGAGCUUUGAGAAAACUGCUUUGAAUGCUAUCAAAGUCGCUUCUUUGACUUGUAAAUAUAAAAGUGUAUAUACGUGUAAUGGUAAAUUUGUCUGUGUUUCUAAGUUUGAAACUGGGAACAUAUAAUGCUCUCAAAGAGAGUUUUUCUUAAAAGUUUUAAAUAUUGUUGGGUCCUGCAGUGAUAAGUUUCUAAACUAUCAUUGAAAUUAAACAAGUAAUGUGUAGUAAUAAUAAAACAAGGUUUUAUUCCAUUGUAACAAAAUGCAGGAAAAAUCGUUUUUCAUUUUAUGGAAAUUGAUUUUAAAACAACUGCCAUUUCAUCUUGACAAAUUUUUCUAUUUGAGGAGGUAAUAGAUAAUAAGAUUCUUUUAAUUGAACUCUCUUUAAAAUGAGAAUUUAUCAAAAUCGAGAGAUACAGCCAUAUGCGAGUUGGUAAAUUUCUUAAUGCAGUAAGAAAGACAUGCAACUGAAGUCAUUGAUAAAGCAAUUUUGUCUGCUUUUGAAUCGCUUGUUAAUUAACGUUCAUUUGUAUGCUAAAAUUUCACCUGAAAAGUUUGUAAAAGUUUUAGCGAUAUUCUACGUUUCAUAUUUACUCUAGUCGUCUAAAAUAGUAAAUCAGCCGAGGAAAUCAAAUUUAUAAAUUACCCUCUAUCCAAAGCAUGCUUAUGUUUUUUGGUUUCAAGUAAUAUAGCAUGAUAUAUUAAUUUCAUUUUAACAAGAGAAUCAGAAGUUCUUUAAUUUUCACUAAAAAAUAUAUCAAAUUAAUCUGUAUAUUUUGCUCAGUUGAUAUUAUUCAAAAAUUUCAUGUUAAAUUUAGCUAAAUUAUCAUUAUAGCUGUCCUUUAUCCUAUAAAUUUUACGUAGGUAUUAUUUCCAGGUAUUGCACUUACUGAUUAAAGAUUCUUUGUUGGUUCUGUCUCUAAAGACAAAAUGCUCAUGUUAUUCUCCAGUUAUGGGUAAAACAUUAUGUACACAUAUUAUACAUUCUGUUAAUUUUUUAUUUUUUAUUAUAGAAGUUAUUUUUACAGGUUCUAGAGUUGUAUGUUUGUACUUUUUAAUUUAGAAAACUUGCAAGUAUGAAGGAGGGAAGGAGAAUAGGAUUUAUUUUAACUAUGUUGAAGAAUUAUUUUGAUUUGUAAAAAGAUGUAAAAUCAUGUUUUGGCUAUAAGAAAAUUGAGACUUGCUAUAAAUAGUGAAUUGUUGGAUUACUGAUGAAUCCAAUAGGGUGGUUCUUGCAUUAUAAGGAGGUAUUUAAUUAAUAAUUAAUUAAAAAUAAUUGAUUAAAUUAUAUUAAAAUGGAUAAUUAAUAGGAGAUAAUUAAAAAAACAAUAUUCUCUAUUGUUUUUUAAAAUUUUAAUGUCAGUGAAUUCAACAUGUACUCAAUGAAAAUUAGCAUUUUGUUGACUGUUUUUUACAAAUUCCAGCAUAUGAAUUAUUGAUUUCUAGCCUCGGACAAUUUUAACGUAUUGUUUACUUUUCUGGAUAAUGAAUAUUUUGGUUAUGCGAUUCUUUUGUUCUGGAAAUUUAAAUUUUGUUGAUAACUCGCAGGUAAAUAAUUUCUUCACUGAAGGGUUAGUAAUUAUAUUAUCUCUCAAUAAAUUAAAAUAUAAUGAUGGAAAGCCUAAACCUGAAAACAGAAUAAAUGGAAACCAAAAGUCAACGGAAUGCUGAACAAUCGUGCAAAGUGACAUUGCACACUCUCAAGUUAAAAAAAAAAAAAAAAAAAAAAACUUUCGCAACAGAAAGGAUAUUAAAUUUGACAAUACCUGCAAAUAACAUCUUAGUUGGUAAAGGCAGUGUUUGUAAAUAUCGUUUUAUAUGUAGGUACAAUGCUACAAAAAAAAAAAAAAAAACACUUUCAUAUUCUGUAGUCUUUUUACAAACACUUUCAUGAUCUUUGUUUAGUGGAAAAUUUAUUGUUCUUUGAAAGCUGCAACAUUCGUAUACUUGAAUUUUUUCAUGUGUUUGGAUUUUUUUUUUUCCCAGCACCUUUCUUUAAUAUGCAGAUAUUGCUGUUGAAUUUUAUAAAUGUGAACUCGAUGUAGCAAUCGAAAUUGUGUUUUCUAUGGAAGUAUGUAACUUUCAUGAGUAGUACCUUCUGGAAUAAUGCCAUUUUUAAUUAAAUAAAAGACGAAUUGUUUCGUGAAUAUUAUCUUGGAUGGACUAAAUGUGAAAGCAAUUCGUUACAAAUUUCAAAGUUUGUUUUACAAGGUGCAUAAAUGAUAUAACUUUCCUUAAAAAGUAGUAUGAUGCAUGCCAUUUUCCAUUUUUUGCAUUAAAAUUUUGCUUUAUUAGUUUUUUUUUGUAAAUACUUACUAAAUGUGCCAAAAGAGCGAUUUGAAAACGUCUGAAGAUCUGUAUGAACAGUCUUACUUAUUUGGAAGAACUUGACACUGAUUUUACUUUAAGCACAGAUUUGCAACGCCUUUAUGAAGUUCAAAGCUGUUUCAGUUGUACUGUUUCUGCUUUGUGGUCAGCGCCUGAUAGAUAGCUCUUUUAUUUCGAUUAAAUCGGCUUCUAUUAUAUUUCGUUUUACUUACAGAAUAUUGUCUUUGAUUAUUUCAAAUGAUGCAUAUUUUUCAUAUGGAGAAAAAUGUCUAGAGGAAGAAAAUAUAGGAAACAUUUGUGUAAAUUUACUGGUUGCAUGAUAUUUUUAUAUUGAAAUGUAUUUUAUUUCAGUAGUUUGCUUACAUAUGGUGUUGAAGUUAUAUACAUUCCCUCAUAUCUCAUUGUAAUUUAAAUGUUACUAAACAUCUGACAUGCAUGUACUCAUUACCAUAAGAAAAAAAAAUAUUAGUAAUUGUUAGUAGUGUAUACUGCUUUUUGAUGUUUAUGGGAACCAGCCAUCUGUGAGUGAUAAAUACUAAUAAUUUAGCAGUUAGCUAAAAAAAUCUGAGAUGGAAAGUUGUGUUUCAUGUCUUAUUAAUGUAAAAUUUUCCAGUUUCUCAUUAAAUUUAUUUCUGAAUUAAUUUUUUUAUCUGGGAAUGAAUUUAAAUUGUAUAUGUGGCAUGUUUUCAAAUCUUAUCAAUAUAGAAUUUCAUCAUUUGUCUUCUCUGCAUUUUGGGUUUCAUUUCUGAAAGAGUAUAUGGAUAUCUGACUUUAAAUUCUUUAACUUGAACAUUUGUAAUACCAUUUAUGGCAAAAGAGCUGUUUAGAUAUUGCCCUCAACCUAGUUUUCUUCCUGAAUUAAAUUAAGUUUUUGAAAUUGGACAUUAAAUGCUAAAAAUUUUAACAUUUUUUUAAAAAAAAUCGUUUUUUUUUGUUUUUGUUUUAAAUUUAGAAAUUGGUCAGUAAUAUCAUAUGUUUUUAAUCUUUUAUGUUGAAGACUUUAUCAGUAAAUAGAAUUUAUGAACUUGCAUGGUCCCAAAAUCCUAUAUCAAAAUGUACCAUUGUAUUAUGUGAUUUUUAUUCUUUAAAAUAAAAUUUUUCAGUGUCUAAUUGCUUCGCAGUAACUAAUAAAUAAAAAAUUUGAAAUUUUUAAACGCGAUACAUUUUAAGUUAUUUGUUCUAUUUAUUAAGCUGGUUCAAAGUACAACUCCAUUUUGUGAUUUAUGUUAUUGAUCUAGAUAUAAUUCUUAUCCUGCUUUAUCUAAAUGGAUGCAUUUUUAGUUUUUCUUGCAUAUUUUUUUUAUGUUUGCUGAAAUUGUAUUUGUAUUGAUUUAUGCUAUGUGAAAUGUUUGUGGUAUUUUGUGUAACUUUUUGUUCUAUAUUUUAUAAAAACGUGCUUUUUUUUUCUUUCUAAAUUGAAGUUGUUUAGUUUGUGUGAGUGUUUUCUUCAUUCUUGUAUUUUUGUAUAAAAAUGCAUAAAUACCCUAAAAUAAUCUAUUAAAAUAUCUGUAUUCUUGACAGAGAUUAUUACUACGUAGGAAUUAUUUAGAAUAUGUUUAUAGCAGCACAUGCAUAUUUGGAUAAAUUAUAAUUUGAUCUUUCAUUGAUUUUUAAGCAUAUUUAUAUUAUGCAAAAAUAUCAGUUUCAUUCUUACCUAUAUUUUAUAAAUACCCUAUAUAGAAAGUCUCUUGGUUUCCGUUACGGAAUUUGUUAUGAUACAUAAAUCUUGUGCUUCGCUGAAAGCAUUUUUAUUGCAUAAAUCGAACAUCAGAUAUUUCUGCUAACAAAUAUGCAUAUACUGUAAAGAAUGUUCAGUAUAUCUGUUAAUUUUAUUAAAUCUUAUAUUUCGCAUUAUUGAAAUAUAAUUGCAAUUAAAUUACUUCACAUUUGCAGAAUGUAUAUAUCUUGUUUUCCUUUCCUCUCGUUUUUUAGUUAAAUGAUCGUGCUUAUAUAAUAAUUUUGGAAUUCUCCUAGAAUUUCCCUUACAUAGUGCUUAUUUGUAGCUACAUGACACAGUUUUCGGUCAUCAGGUAAAAGUAUAUCGUUUUUGUGAUAUUUUGAUUGCAAAUACGGCACAAAUUUUGUUAAAAAUGCCAUUGGUGAAAAGCAGUGGGACCCUUUAAUUAAGCUUAAUUAUGUUAUCUAUUAUGUAUGUUUCUAUUAUGUUACAGUAAAAAAUAUCUAUUAUGUAUGUUUCUAUUAUGUUACAGUAAAAAAUAUUCACUUCAUGCUCGUUAUUCAUUAUUUGUUUUAUUUAUUUCAACCUUUUACUUAAAUUAGUGACAAUGAAAUUAUUAUUUAUAAAAUCAGUGACAAUGAAAUUAUUAUUUAUAAAAUCAGUGACAAUGGAGUUUUUAUUUAUCCAUCUGAAUUCAAACAAAAUUUGUAGUUCAUUUUUUUACAGCCGUUAUUUGUGUAUAUUCAUAUUCAUAUUGCACUUCUAAAAUUUUAACGUUUUUCAUUUGUUAGUGACAUGUUCACUUGUUAUGAUAUAAUAUCCAUAUUUAUGUAUAUGUAUAAUUUUGACUUUUGAUAUACAUUAUAAUUAUUUGGUCUGCAGUGUCAUUAAAUAGGUUUUUAAAAUAAGAUUUAGGAAAAGAAAAUGCAUCUGAGAUGUGGUUCCUUUGCAAAAUUUUGCAAGGUUAAAAAUAUUGUUUUGUUCUUACAUUUUUUACUAUUAAAAUAUCGAAUUAUAUGUAUGUGUUAAUUAUUUGCACCAUCAUAUAUAAGAUAAUUUAUUUUUAUGACACAAAAGAUCUAAAUAUAUUGCUUUAAUAUUAAGAGAAAACAUUUAAUCAAAGAAUUUUUCCAAGUAAUACUUUUCACUAUUUUGAUUCCAUCUUAAUAUUAAUCUUCUGUUUUGUAAUUUAGUAUUAUUUUUAUAUUAUAUUUAUAAGUUUGGCGUAUUUUUGUUAUCUUCUGCAGUUUUGUUCAUUAUUAAAUGUUAAGUUGUACAUUUUAUAUAUACUGGGUGUCCCAAAAAGAUGGAACAUGCUUCUCUUCCCCCUAAAUAUUGCAUUUAGGCAUUUACUUCCAAUUACAAAAUUACAUCAGAUAACGUGAAAAGCAAUUUCGCGUCUGUGUUGAUAGUUAAAAAAUGUACAUCUCCCGUAAUGUAAAAGAGUCGAUUAGUAAAAUGUUUUCUUAACAAUCAUCCUUUCAUUAAAUUUCACAUUUCUAUUUAUAAAAUUUGUUGAGAUAGGCUUAUUUUUAAAUUUAGAGCCAUAAUUUUAAUUAGUUUUAAAUCACAUAUUCAGAUGGAAGCAUUUACUUUAGGAAUACAAAUUUAUUCGAUACAGAAAAAUUGUCAUAUGUAAAUAUUUGUCUGAUAGUACAUUAUCUAAUCAGUAUUAUUCGAAAGAAAUUUGCUUAUCACGCUUAAUAUUCACUUUGAAAGAUCGGCAUUUGCUUCGACUUUAUAAGGAAGGGAUGAUAAACUAAACUUUUAAGCAAUAAGAAUAAUAAGUUUUUAAACAAUAAGAAUUGAAUUUUGGAACCUUUCCAGGAAGUGUUCUUACAGAAUAUUAAACCGUUCUAACUGUGAUAACAAACUACUAGAAUCUUACUUCCCUGGAGAAGAAGGGGAAAUGAAGUGUUAUAUUAAUGAUAUGGCAAUUGAUACGGCUUUAUAUAAGUGAUAUAGUACCCUCAUGCUGGAGCGAGAACAGUCAUUUCAGAGUUCAACAUUCCAAAAACGGCAGUGUAGGGAAUAUUUUGUUUUAAUAACUGGCAUCCGUAGAGCAUUUAUGGAGUCUAUGGACUGUUACAGCAGUUAUAUGGGCAAUUACACGAUCGAUUUCUGGAACUUCACAGUUGAUUCCUACUUCAGCUAACGUCACAUAAUUCUUUUCUGAGAAGUGAGAUUUGGAUUGGGGAAUCUUGUCUUAAGCAACAAGGGAGUAUUAAUCUUCAAAAUGAUCACUUUUCGAAUAAUAACUCAUUCUUCGUAUUACAGUUUCCUCACCAAUGGCAAUUUUCUAUAAAUGUGCAUCCUUCCAUCAGCUACAGAAAUUAAAUGAAACUUAUGAAUUAUGGAUACAUAGUGGGAAACUGCAAAAAGCGCGGAAACUACCCUCUUUCCAAAUCUUUGCUCACAGCAAUGCUAGUAGCAGUAAAAGAAUUUUAGCAUUACAAAAAAAAAAAAAAAAAAAAAGCGGAACCUUGUUUCAGCAUGAAUACAAAAACACUGGAGUCGCUUCUCAUUUCAAAAAUAUAUGUGGGAGCGUGUUAUGAUGUUGAACUGAGCAAUCAUGGCUUUAAAAAGGAAAAGUGCUUUCUAUUUAAUAAUAAUAAAAAAAAAUUGUAAAUGUCUAACAAAUAGCGUUAAUUUCUUUCAUAAAAAAAUUGCACAGUGUGAUGUUUUAAAAAUAUUUUAUUUAUAUAUUUAUUCAGUAAUAAAUGUUUUGUUAAAUCAUUUUGAGUAAUGUUUGAAAAUGUUUGUUUUAAUUAACUAAAAUUGCUUGGAUGCAUUUAUUUAACAAUUUUUUUAUAUUAUGUUAUAUAUCGGUAAAAAAUACUAAAGACGACUGGGUAAUAAAUGUUGGAGGGUAUGAAAGUGUGGUGUAGCAGCUUAAAAAAAUUCAUUGAUUAGUCCUAUUUUGUACAGCAGUACACUGAGUGGUUACCGACAUAUUCAGUUAGUUUUUAUCGGCAUUAAAACCGAAAAAAAAAAACAAAAAAAAAAAAA